UUCCAAAGGGGCGUAUUUUUCAAGCCAUCUUGACUGAAUAUUUAGCCCCAUCCAAGGUACAUUAAUUUGAUAUCUUCGUGAUUUUGAUGUCGUCAAGUUCAAAACUAGCACCGUUUGAAAGGUUUAAAGCGCUGCUAUGAAACCAGGUCGAGCUCGUGAGUUGAACCUUAGUCUUGGCGGAGAACCGAAGUGCUGAAGAUGACGCUGUCGCUCCUGAAAUUACCGGCUAGCUAAGCUAACAGGGCUAGCAUGUCCGCCUUGGUUGUAGUCUGCCAUGGUCUGUCACUAGCUGACAUUUAGCCAGGUGCAGUUAUUCUGGUUGGCACUCCCGCUACAGAGGACGAUUUUACAAGGAGCUGGUGUAAACUCCCAUGCGGAAGGUGAGGAGGUGGGAAUGUGAAACAGUUGUUUGUGGAUCCAAUAUGGGUAGGGGUCGAGGCAGAGGGAGAGGAAGGAGUAGGGGCUCAUCUAGCCAGCUGCGGCCCCCCUCGCCUUACAGACUACAGCUCUCUCCCUCCAGGGAGACUCUGACAUAUGCACAGGCCCAGAAAAUAGUGGAAGUGGACCUAGAUGGAAGGCUCCAUCGGAUUAACAUCACAGAUCCUCUGCCAGUUAUCACUGAGGAUGAGAUGAUGGCCCAGGACAUUGCAGAGUGCAACAGUAAUAAGGAGAACAGUGAACAAACCCAGAGCAAAGUCAGAACUUGGAAAAAACCAUCAAACAGUAAAAGCAGGAAGAGUGGGAAAAAUCACCAGAACCAGCGGUCACGCUCCCAACAGCCCACAGGACAUGCUAAUUCGUUGCAGCACCAAGCCCCUCUUCCUGAACCCACCUUCCGUUUGCUGGGUUCCGUUUGUCCUUCAGAGGUGCCUCCUCUCCCAUCAGCGUACUACCGUUACAUUGAAAAGUCAGGGGAGGAACAGGACAGCGUGGCUGAGUAUGACAUGGACGAGGAGGACCUGGCCUGGCUGGAGAUGGUGAACCAGAAGAGGGUGUCUGACGGCCAUGCAUCUGUUUCUCCAGACACAUUUGAGCUGCUGAUCGAUCGCCUGGAGAGGGAAUCUAUCCUAGAGUCCCGCAGCCAGGCUCUGUCCCAGAGUGCUGUUGAUGAGGAUGCCUUCUGCUGCGUCUGCCUGGAUGACGAAUGUUUGAACAGUAAUGUCAUCCUGUUCUGUGACAUCUGCAAUCUGGCUGUGCAUCAGGAGUGUUACGGUGUGCCCUAUGUCCCAGAGGGCCAGUGGCUGUGCCGCUGCUGUCUGCAGUCCCCCUCCCGUCCUGUAGACUGUGUGCUCUGUCCCAACCGAGGAGGUGCCUUCAAACAGACAAGUGAUGGACGCUGGGCCCAUGUUGUCUGUGCCAUAUGGAUCCCAGAGGUCUGCUUUGCCAACACAGUGUUCUUGGAGCCUGUUGAAGGGGUAAAGAACAUCCCUCCUGCUCGCUGGAAGCUCACCUGCUACUUGUGUAAACAGAAAGGCAGGGGAGCAUCCAUUCAGUGCCACAAAGCCAACUGUUACAGGGCCUUUCACGUGACCUGCGCUCAGAAGGCUGGUCUUUUUAUGAAGAUUGACCCUGUCCGCGAGACGGGUGUUAAUGGCACCACUUUCUCUGUGAAAAAAACUGCUUUCUGUGAGCAUCAUUCUCCAGUUGGGUCUCGGCGGGACGGGUCUGGAGAUGAGUCUGUUGAAGGGAGACUGGUUGGGGGAAGGGGUAACCGGGGUCAAAGGUCUUACACUCAAAGUCCCCCGACACCACCAAACAAGAAGGCUACUAAGGGUCAGAAAAAGAAAUCUACCAAAGGGACUGGUGGGUCGACACGUCGCUCUACUGUGCCUGUGCUGCUUGUGCCUCAGAUCCCCUCUCACAGGCUUAACAAGAUUUGUACAGGAGUUGAAGUACAGAGGAAGAAUCAGUUCAUGCAGAGGCUGCAUAACUACUGGUUGCUGAAACGACAGUCCAGAAAUGGGAUGCCUUUAAUUCGACGACUUCACUCCCAUCUACAGGCACAUAAGACAGCUGAGCAGAAGGAGCCUGAUGAAAGGCUUUGUGCUGCUAGAGAGGAACUACGAUACUGGCAGAAGUUGAGGCAAGACUUGGAAAGAGCCAGGCUUUUGGUGGAACUGAUUCGAAAGAGAGAGAGGUUAAAGAGAGAACAGAUGAAAAUUCAGCAGGCUGCUCUUGAACUCAAGUUGACCCCUGCGUUGGUGCUCCUCCGAUCCACCUUGGACCAACUACAAGAGAAGGACACCGCCAAAAUCUUUUCUCAGCCUGUUAAUCUGUCUGAGGUCGGUGUUCCAGAUUAUUUGGAGUUCAUCUCACAACCCAUGGACUUCUCCACCAUGCGUUCCAAACUGGAGGGACAUGCCUACUGCUCCAUCACAGACCUAGAGACUGACUUUGAGUUGAUGAUCUCCAACUGCCUGAAGUACAACUCAAAGGACACCAUGUUUCACAGAACAGCCUUACAACUGCGGGAGGUGGGCGGAGCUGUUCUUCGACAUGCCCACAGACAGUCUCAGAGCAUCGGGCUGGACCCCAGCACCGGCAUGCAUCUACCAGAGUCUCCCAACAAACAUGGUUUCUACCACUGUACAUGGGACGAUGUCGACACCCUGCUGGACCCAGAGAACAGACUACACUUGACAACAGAGGAGCAGCUCAAGGCCCUACUGGAUAAACUGGAUAUGGUAACAUCUAUGCGUACCAGUGGUGGCCGAACCAAACGUAUUAGGUUACUCCGGCGAGAGAUCAACACUCUCAGACAGAAGAUGAGCCAACAGCAACAAAACACUCAGCCUGUAAAUGGCGAUGAUAAGGAAGAUGAAGCAAAGGACCAAGAAGAAGAGGAAGAGGAGGAGAAAGAGGAGGAGAAAGAAAAGAAAAAGGAGAAGAAGAGUGUUGAGGAUAAUGGACCUUUGACAGCUGUCUCCAACUCUGGGGCAGAUGACUCUCCACCUGUGCUAGAACUCACCUGUCCAGUGUCGUCGCCACUGCCUGGAGACGCUCCUCUCGAACCUCCGGUCUUGGGCAUUGUAACUGGAGGCCGAAGGUCACCUGGGCGCUCCUACAAACGGCAGAGAUCAUCCCGCAGCGGAAGCAGAAGCCAUGUUGAAGACGAGGCUGAAGUUGGCGAGACUCCAUCUUCGCAACCAGACGCCGUCCAUGAGGCUACACCACUCGGAACACCCCCUUCGCUGCCUUUAGUCGGAGUUGGCCGUCGCACAUCCGUUCUGUUCAAAAAAGCAAAAAACGGGGCACGAAUGGCAAAAAAUAAGUCAACGCCACAACAAAAUGGAAAAGAGUCCGAGGGGAAGACAAACGGUUUGGAUAGCACCCCAGCCAGUCCAAAUUCCCCCAGUGUGACCAACAUCACCACCUUACCUCCUAUCCCAAAUGCCCCCCCUACACCACCCUCUCCUUCACACCACCUCAGGUCUAGAGGCCACAGUUCAGAAAGUGAAUCAGACAAACUCCCUCCCCCACUCGAUGAAGAAGGUCUGACAAAUGGAAAGCACACCGCCACAGACACUGAUGAUGACCAAAAACUGAACGACAGCGUCCCUCCACCCAAACGUAGUCGGGGUAAACCUGCACUGGCCAAAGUUCCCAACAGUGAGAACGGAGAUAUUGCUGGGUCUGGAAAGUCUACACUUCUGUCUUUAGAUAGUGAGAGGGAGCUUACACCUCUGGACCUUGUCUGGGCCAAAUGUAGAGGAUACCCAUCAUACCCAGCAAUGAUUGUUGACCCAGACAUGCCCCAAGAAGGACUUCUUCACAAUGGCAUCCCCAUUCCAGUGCCUCCUGGGGAGGUGCUCAAACUGGGCGAGUGGAGACGAACGGAAACUGGUGAAAAGCUGUUCUUGGUCCUGUUCUUUGACACCAAGAGAACUUGGCAGUGGCUCCCGCAGAACAAACUGCUGCCUCUGGGGAUGGAUGAUACUGUAGACAAACUGCGCUUAAUGGAAGGCAAGAAACCAAGUGUUCGCAAGUCUGUGCACACCGCCUACGACCGGGCCAUUGUACAUUUAAACCACGUGAGAGGAAAUCUCAACUUCAAUCCCUCCAAUUUUAUAUGAUUUUUUUAAGACUUGAUCAUUUUUAAGGCUGCCAGGUUAUCAACACUCUUAAUAAAGUGGUAAAAUGUAGAAUUAUAUUUCCAACUGGGAUGUGAAGGUUUCCUGCAGAAAAUCGAUGCUCUGAUUUUAAAAGGUUUUUAAAGGAAGGGAAAAAGUGCUUGAAGACAUUGUCAUAGAUGAAUUUGUUCAUUUAGUCAUGUCAUUUUUAAAAAACAAAUGUUUUACACAACCACUGUUGCUAUGUGUUCAUAUAAAGAUUUUAUUUUAGGCCAAAGCGAGUCGAGAUUUAAGUCAGAAAACUGUAAAUAUUUAAAUGUCAAAGGGAUUGUCUUGAUUCUAAACAUAUUUAGAUUGUAUUUGCCAUUGAAAUGUCACUGUGUUUAAUGGAGUGUAAAAGUCCCACUCAAGCUCAUGUCGUAUCUGGACUCGAAUGUUUGGUUAACAGUUAUUUUCUGAUACAAAAGGCAUGGAAGUCAACAGAAAAUACUAUCUUUAAGAUUCUCCUUCUCUUUAGAUACUAUGAACCUUUUAUUUAGUUUAUUUUCUUUCAUUGGUAUUGUUAUAAUUAGAGAAUUAUUCAUAAAAAUGCAACAAAUUGACACUAAAUUCAAAGCUGACCUCAGUGUGCUUCUGUGUUUAACUUUAACAAUGAUAUCAAAUAUACUCAAAACAUCUUCUUAGAUCAGUUCAUCAGCAGGAAAAGUAGUGUAUACAGUGAUAAAAUUAGUAAAAAAAAAAAAAAAAAUACUGAUAAAUACAAAUGAAAAACCUUAUCUUUGAGUCCAGUUAUGACUUGUUGUGGGUGGGACAUCAGAGGUCUUUACUUCUUUUUCCAUAUUGUGAAACUGUAUUAUGAUACUAGAAUGUUAUUGAGAGUAUCCGGUGCAGCUACUUGGUUAGUAAGAUGUGAAGCCACUAGAGGAAACGCUAAUUACUUAUUUUUGUGACUAUGUCUACUGCAGUCUUUCACUGAAGAGCUUGGAUGAAAUGACUUGAGAAGCACAAUCGGUCUGUUUAACAUUUAAAAAAAAGAAAAGAAAAACAGGUGGUGAGUCCUGGAGCCAUAUGUGUGGCAGAAACGUGUUUGUACAGUAUAUACAUAUAUGUAUACACUUAAGUGUAGUAAAGGUGCAUGUGUAUAGUUUUGUAAAUAUGUAAAUGUCUGUUUAUAUUGGCUUACAUGAAGUAAUUUAAGGAAUGCAAAAAUCAAAUUUAGAUUUUAAUUUAUAAUUUGUGGCAGUUGAGAGUGUUAUUUAAAAGGUAAAAUAUUGAAAAGAUUUAUGUAAGAUGCUAAGUAGAUCUUUGUAAUAGUGAUGGUAUACACCAACAUGUCAGAUCAUAUUCUCUAGAGGCGAGACGGCACAACCCCUGAGCUCUGUAGACAGACGUGACCAAACUCACAUGCUAGAGUGUUUGGUUUGGUUUUUUUUUGUUCUUGGGUGGAACAGGAGAUUUUUGGUCUUGUUAUUUGAAUUGUACAACAAGACCUAUAAUCUACCUGAGACAAUAUUUUCUCACACAAGAAUAAAUGCUGUUUGAAACAA